UUCCCUAGUCUACGCCCAUCGGGCGGGGUAUCGUCGUCGGUAAUCGGCACACCUCUCAAAGUUCUUGCAGACGCAGUCGCAGUCGUGUGUUGUGCUGUUUUUGUUGAGGUUAAACCCGCUGUCAGCCGGUUCCUUUUGGAGGUUGUACUUUUCUGGGCGCUGUACCGUCUCGAAGGCGACAGCAGUUGUUUAGCACUGCCCCGUGGAAGCACAAGAAAGCCAGCGCCAUGCCCGCCCCAGCCCCCGCCCCCGCCGCCGCCCCCGAGGGGCCGCCCCGCACCGAGCUGCAGGAGCUGCAGCUCAAGGCGGGGCAGGUCACGGAUGAGUCGUUGGAGAGUACGCGUCGUAUGUUGAUGCUCUGCGAGGAGAGCCAUGAAGUGGGAAUGAGGUCCCUAGUGAUGUUGGAUGAGCAAGGGGAGCAACUGGAUCGUAUUGAGGAGGGUAUGGACCAGAUCAAUGCUGACAUGAAGGAGGCGGAAAAGAACUUGACAGGCAUGGAGAAAUGCUGUGGUAUUUGUGUUCUCCCUUGUAAUAAGUCAGCCUCAUUCAAGGAGGACGAAGGAACUUGGAAAGGAAACGAUGAUGGCAAAGUUGUCAACAACCAGCCUCAGCGUGUCAUGGAUGACCGCAAUGGUCUUGGCCCACAAGCAGGCUACAUUGGAAAAAUCACAAAUGAUGCUAGGGAAGAUGAGAUGGAAGAGAAUAUGGGUCAAGUCAACACAAUGAUUGGUAACCUCCGCAACAUGGCUCUUGACAUGGGAUCUGAGCUGCAGAACCAGAACUCUCAAAUCGAUCGUAUCAACCGCAAGGGAGAGUCCAAUGAGUCGAGGAUAGCAGUUGCCAAUCAACGAGCUCAUGAUUUACUGAAGUAAACGUGCUACACGAAACAAACACAGACAGCAAAUCAUCUGAUCAUUUCAUAGAAUUUUCCAAAUUUGAUUAGCUUAAACCAACUAGCAUAUUGUAUUCUAUUAGUCUCUGAAGAACAACACAUUGCAAGGAAAUUAAAACUUGGGAAAGCUGUACUAAUCAAGAUGAAAACAUCUGCUGUAGAUUUUAUUUCUAAUUUUGUCUAAGUUUUCAGAGCUGUUGUAUUUACAGUACAGGCAGGAUAUAUCCCUACUUGUGAAUACCAGUAAUAUAAAACUAAUAUGGUUUUACUUAUAAUCCUGGUGCUUAUGCAUAUUUAAAAAAAAUUACUCCAAUUACCCUGUCAAUCAAUUUUGCUGCAUGCCAUCUUUUGACUGUGAGUCUUUGAUAAGGGAUUGUGAUUUUCACCUCAAAUGGGAGUGAUAGACAAAAAUUAAAUUUUUGCAACAACUGCAUAUUUUGAAUGUUUUUGUUACCCACUGGUGGAUUGUUAUUGUUACCCCAAAGCCAUUGCAAGUUUGUGAUUUGUCUUUCAAUCAGUCCAUCAGUAGGUCAUUCACUCCUAGUGAAUUUUGGUACUGAUAUUAAAGCAAUAUAAAUUUUGUAUGAGUACAAAUUUUAUCCAAGCACCACAACAACCUUUGGCUCUUAGGGCCACCAUUUUGCUGGAUUUAGAAGUGAGGCAUGGUAUCAUCUUCCUUAGUUUUUGUACAAUUGAAAGUUUUAUUUCCCCAUCCCUGAGACAGGCACAACUUUGUUGACUGUUUGUGUUGGUUGUUGGUGUUUUUAGAGCUUUGGUUUCUUUUUCUUUUUCAAGAGCUGCUUAUAUUAAGUCUACCUAAUCAUUAAGGUGAUAUCUUGUAGUUUUCAAUUUCUUUUGCUGGAGAGUAUUUGUGUGGUUAAUUUUUUUGGACAUUAGGUAAAGAACUCAAGAAGGAGAGAUGAAAUGGGACAUGGCUUUGAAUGAAAAGGCUUGUCAAGAUCAAAGAUGGGUGUUAUCAGAAAAGUGAUGACCAGUGAAUGGAAAGUGUUCUCUUCCAUCUCUUCUUCUGGAAUUUAAUACCUUAUGCUACCUAUUGUGGCAGUUGCUUGUGGCUGUCCAUAGUGUAGCUGACAAAAUUGACCAAAGCAAAGUGCCUUCAGAGGAGCUGAUUUUCAGCAUCAGAAUACAUUUUAAGUUAAGAACUGCUGUUAUGGCCCUGCAAAACAAAAGUAAUAAUUUUGCCUGUCAAGUAAGCUCUUUAUACAAUGUUAUAUAGUUGGUCGAUGGUCACAAAAUAGUAACUACUUUGAAAGUAAUUCACAAUGUUCCUUUACCGCCUCUCCCUUCUCAUGAAAUGUAUUCUGAUAAUUUGAAUUUUCUUCUCAUUACAAAAUUUGCAAUAUGUAAAUGCGUAUGAAGUCAAUUCAAAUAUGACUUUAGUGUUCAAAACUGAGAAAGAAUUUGCGACCCUUUGUACCUUUAAACUUGUUUCUCAACAUUUUUCACCUAUUAAGCGGGGAAUUUUGUGUGGAGUUAGUACUUACUAAGUUAUUUUCAGAUGUAAUUAACACUAGCAGCCUCAAUGUCCUUCCAAUGUCUACAGGUGGCUGCUGUGUUACUUUGUUGGCCUUUAUUAUUUGUGAUUUCAUCUUUAUUCAACACAGGAAUUUAGUUCCGAAGCCUGGUAUUGUGGUAACUUAUUGACAUUUUCAACAUAUUUUAUUAUUAUAAUGUAAUACUUUAAUCUGUUAUUGUCUAUUCUAACAUGUAGGUGGAUGGGAGGAGCUAUUAUAAAUAUAUCUACUAAGCGUGUUAUUCACCCUCUAGCAAGCUGUGAUAGGUUUCAAUGUGGAUUAAAAUUAAAGCAUAUAUCUUAAUGGCUGACAUUUCAUCUUUCCUUUGUUGAGAAUUUUCCUUUCCAUUUAGUGUUGGACAAAAUAUUGAAACUCAGCUGCUUCCUGGUUAUUUUCUUGUACUACUGCUCUUAUCUUGACCAUGGGCUCAUUAAGUAUUAAUCUGUUAACAAAACAAAUAUCAUAUCUUUGGUUGAUCUUAAGGAAAACUGGAAGUGUCUUUUGAACUUAACCUUUAUUAUAGUUAAUGAUCUCUUUGCCACAGUCUUGGCUGUUCAAAGAUUUAUGCCAUGCAGUAUUUAAUUGUGGAAUAAGAAUCUUGAUGGUAGCUUUUGCAGCUUGCAAUAAAGGCUACCCUGAUUCUUCCUCAAAUAAUUUGUUCCCUUAGCUGAGCAGGAGUGUUCAUAACGUCAUGUUCUCUUGAAAUUUUGGUUGAAAAUCCAUGUGUGAAAAAACAGUUGGAAAAUGAGAAAAAGAGGGGCUUUGAACUUUUUCCUCCCAAUUAUAAUAUUUCCAUUUUCCCUUCUUUGAAAAAUAGUUUUUAGUCAUGAACCAUUGAAUGCCUGCUGUGAUGAAUGACCCACUACCUUUCAUCCCAUUCCAGAAGCUUCCUUCGAAAGUUAUGUCAACAAUAAUAUGGAAACUUUUAAUCAAAAUGUCUGAGUUCUUUUUUUGGUAGGUAGGCUGAUCGGUUUGAUCUAAGUUUCGGAGAAUGUAACAAUUGUAUAUAUUGUGGUGUACAUAAAACAAAAGUCAGAGGUUAAUUUUUCAGUAUUUGUGCAAUAUACACUGGGAUUGUUAUAUGCUUUGUAAAUGUAUUCUUAUGCACAUACUUUUGCUGCAAUACAUUUCAUGAAUUUUAAAUGUAGGAAUUCUAAAAAUAAUUAAUACGAGAUGCAUGGUAUGAUGUAUAUGAAUGCGUGAAUGGUAACAAAGAGUACUUAGAUAGUGAAUAUCAUUUCUUGGCUCCAAUUUGUCUUUUCAUAGUUGCUUGAAUAUAUUCAUAUACUUAUGUCGUCUGUUUGUUGAAAAGCACACCUUGUGCCAAAGGAUACCUAGAAUUUCUAGGAUAUCUCUGGUGAUUGAUUCCGUUCAGUAUUGUAACCUCGUGGUUGUGCUUGUUCUGACAUUUACUAUCAAAGUCAAAAAAGAAUAAAUCACAGUGCUAGGACAAACAUUUUUCUCCUCUAAUUAUUAAAGUCUUUGCUUGUAUAUUCUUUUGGCUAAUUAGUAUUGGCAAGUUUGGUACUUAUGUUAAUUAAUUAUAAUUUAUUUAUCUUCAAUUAAUUAACAUCGGUGGCCAAAAGGGAAAGGGAAAAUGGAGACUAAACAAAUUUUGGUUUUGUGUAGUUGCUUUGAUUUUCUUUCAUCCAUCUGCCCCAAGUUUUCUUUUUGUUUUUGUAAAGUUUGGUGGAUAGAACUCUAUUAAUUUACAAAUGAGUUACUUUAAUUAAGACAAAGUAAGGAGCUACUCAACCGUGCUUCUGUCCAGGAGAAAGUAGAAAUGAAACUAUUGUGAUGCUAGGGCUGCACAUUUUGGCUGAUGGCUGUAGAUUUUGCCUCAGCAGGUGCAACCAUGUUGUUAAGUUUUGUGGCUGUUGAAUGUUUGAGAGACUUUUAUAUUUAAAGUAACUUAGUUUUAGAACAUCUUUUUGUUAGGUACAAGUUAUGUCCAUGCCACUUUUCAGUGGAAAGUUAUUGUUAAUAACAUUGGGCAUGUUAUAUCAACUUUUUUCUCCCUCUCGCAAUCCUUUCAGUACUAGUAUUUCACUUAACAUAAUCUUUGAGAGGAUUUUAAUGCAAUAUUUCAUCUUUCCACCUGUUUCACUUCUUUCUUUGAAACAUACUUUUAUGUCCCCCUUGUCCCUUUUUCCUUCAACACUCUGUUUCCCUGUAGCCUAAAUUUCUAUUGAUUGACUUUUCUUCAAGACCUACCUUGGAGUGUAGUUAAAGCAUUACAGAAUCUAGGGACAUUUCUUUUACAUGCAAUUGCUGCAGUGAUAUUGUGAUGUUAGUCAUGCAAAACAUGGGCUUCCCUUUGAAACUAUGUACUUAGAACUAAAAUAACUUGCUCAUGGAUGUUUAAAAAAUACAGUGAAUGCUUUUGUCUAGUUCAGUGAAUUUUUUUGAAUUUUUUUUUUUUUGUUGUUUGUCCUUUUGACAUCCAGUUUGCCCUGUGGAUCCACUUCUUAU